AUGCUGGCAACGAUAGGCCAGAGGCAAGUCAGAAAGGAGGACGAGGAGGAAGGGCCAAGGAGGUCAAGAGGCGCAUCGUUGGCACACAUGCUCCAGGCGAUGUGUCCUUUAUUGGAGGAGGACGAGAAUGCUCAAAAGAGAAUUGAUAACAACAUCGACACGAUAACUCUGCGACCAGUAGAUAGAGUUAAUUUUGAUCUGCUUGAUGGGAAAAUCGAGAUCGAUCACCUCGAGGAGGCCUUCAAAUAUGAGAACAUCGAAAAGAGAAUGUUGGGCUCUGGUCACUAUGGAUUCGCAUAUAAGGCGAGUUACGGAGGAGUCGAGUGUGCCGUUAAGAUAGCCCUUGGUAUGCUGGCGUUGAGCAAAAUCCCUUGUUGUCACCGAGAUCUGGCGACAAGGAACGUUCUUUUGCUCAAAAGUGGCAAUGUUUUGAUAGCUAAAAUUGCCGAUUUCGGAUUAGCAAAAAAGUUGGAAGAUACACACUACAGUGCCGCGGGCCUAGAAGGACUACCCAUUAACAUAAUGAGUCCGUCAGCUCGAGAGUACAGGCGAUUCUCCGUAGCCUCAGACAUUUGGGCCUAUCAUCAACUUAUAAUUGCCGUAUUUGUGUUUGAGGGUGUUCAAAAGAAAAAUAGCUAUGAAGUGCUCGUUCAACGUUGUCAUCACGAAAUACAAGACCUGCUUGAACGCGGCAUGCUCAAGGAUAAAAAGAAACGACCGACUUUCGAGGUUAGAGUUCGAAUUUUAACU